AUGCUCCCGAGCAGAUGGGCCCAUCACAUUGUUCAGAGUUUCGUACACGGCGCCAAUGUUGCGGUUGCACAUCUUUUGCAUGAGGCCGCCUUGACAGUGAGACAUGCGCCCCAAGCAGGAAGACCAUAUUGUGUGACAGAUCCGAACCCGCCAAUCAGGUACCGUGACCUCUACAUGACAAUCAAGACUCUGUCCAUUCACGUCUUUCUGGACGUUCCUGUUGAGCCUGUUUUUAUGCUUUUGCUAUCUUACCUUGUCGAGUGGUACUCGUUGCUACCAUAUAGGCUGCCAUUUGUCGGAAAGUAUAUGCCGGAAAUGACGGGCGAUCUAAGAUACUUGAAGCCAGGCUUGUUCUCUAUAUGUACGCAUCUGGUGUCUUGCAACACGGAGGCAUCAAAACCUCUUGGAGAAGGGGGGCUAGGAUAUCGCGGCGUCUUGACAACUCUUGAUGGAAUGACUAUGGAGGUCCUCGAGUGGAACAAGGAACACACAUUGGAGAAUGGAAGCUUGAAAAGAAAGGCUUAUACUACAUCUGUAUUGGCGGCAGACAAGAUCCGGCAGCUUGGUAUAGAUGGUUGGAGCAAGGCGCCCUGA